AUGAACUGGACGGGGGGUCGCUUGCAACGGCAUUCGAACAAUCGCUCCAGUAAUCUUGCUAGGAAUCAGAAGCAGAAGUUUGCAAAAUCAAGACUGAGGAGCGCAAGAGAUUCUCAACAGCCUCCAUCACUCAUUGAAUUCGCGACUUUUGGGGCAUCGCUUCAGCCAAAGUCCACGGGAGACGAGGCUCAAAGGCAUGGAUUGGCUAGUCAGGCUACAGUUAAUUCCCCACUGGCACGGCUGGCUAGGGAUUCCUCAAUCUGUUCUGAGCAAGUGAAUAACUCACAGCCGCCCGAUCGCAUAGAACAUAUCAAGCGCCAAUUACUAGAAACAACAGACUGGGCUGCUGUCGGAGCUGCGCGGCCUCUCAAGAUCUCGUUCACACCAGUCGAAGAGGUCGAGCACUUUGGCAAAAGACGAAGAUUAACUGACGCUGACCGAACGAGAUUAGCUACCAUGGAACACAGGGCUGUGCCAUCUGAAUUUACCAAGUCUCGCAGGGCUCCACGACAGGAUAUAUCGUCGGAUCGACUUGGGAUUGAGGGUUUAGAGAUUAAGAUCAAUGGACGGCGGUGCCAUGCUGGCGGAGACUUUGCCAAAGAGCGUCACGAGAACUUCUCCUCACAACCAAUGCUCCUUGAUAGAGAUGUAUCAGGCGGUCCCGACCAAGGCUGGGGUGCGUCAGUGCAACCCCACAAUGAUGCCAGGGCAUGGAGCGUAAGCGAAGACUCGGAUGACAGACCAUUAUAUUGUCAGAAGAAAUCAGGAGACCCUAAGUCGUCCAUACGUUCUGUUAUCACCCCACGAUCUCGUCUCUCAGAAGCCGUCAUUGCGCAUCGGAUAUCAUCCAGCAGGAACGACAGUGGUUUGAUCCAGACACCCCAGUUUCCAGGUCAGGAUUUUGGGGCGUCAAGCUCGACGGCCUUGAGGUACCGUGACAGCAACAAAAUCCAUGACUCAUCCGUGUCAAUCAUCCAAAAUCGCUUCACCAUUGACGAUCAGAUAGCUGCCGAGAAGGAAAGAUGCUCGAACGAUGGGAUAAUGGCAGAGCAUUACUGCAUCAAACUGAGAACACAUAGCCACAUAUCCAUGCACUACCUAACCAGCCUCCUCCCCCUCACCCUCCCCAUCCUCUCCGCUGCAUCCCCCCUCCGCCCCCAUGAAACAGACCUCACCCCUCUCCCCCUAAUAAUCUGGCACGGCCUCGGCGAUGACUUCCAGCGCGACGGCAUGAAAGAAGUCGCCGCGCUCGCCGAGUCCACAAACCCUGGAACCUACGUCCACCUCAUCCACCUGGGCGACACCGCCAGCGCCGACCGCCAGGCCACCUUCCUCGGCAACGUCACCGAGCAAAUCGCCCUCGUCUGCGACCAGCUCCGCGCGGAUCCGAUCCUCUCGACCGCCCCUGCCGUCAACGCGCUGGGCUUCUCGCAAGGCGGCCAGUUCCUGCGCGGGUACGUGGAGCGCUGCAACGACCCGCCCGUCCGCAACCUCGUCACCUUCGGCAGCCAGCACAACGGGAUCGCCGAGUUCCAGGAGUGCGCGUGGAGCGACUGGAUCUGCCGGGGCGCGGAGGCGCUGCUGCGUGCGGGCCGGUGGUCGAGUCUCGCGCAGUCGCGGUUCGUGCCUGCGCAGUACUUCCGCGAUCCGGAGGAGCUGGACGCGUACCUCGAGCACAGCAAUUUCCUUGCGGAUAUCAAUAACGAGCGCGUGCUGAAGAAUGAGAGGUACGCUGAGAACCUGCGGGGGUUGAAUCGCUUUGCGAUGUACAUGUUUGAGGAUGAUACGAUGGUGAAUCCGAAGGAAAGUGCGUGGUUUGCAGAGGCGAACAGCACGACGGGCGAGGUGACGCCGCUUAACAAGAGGCGGUUGUAUAAGGAGGAUUGGCUGGGGUUGAAGGCGCUGGAUGAACAGGGAAAGCUGGACUUUAGGACUGUUCCCGGUGGUCACAUGCAGCUAGCUGAAGAGACCCUGGAGAAGGUCUUCAAGGAGUAUUUUGGGCCAGUCGAGGUGGAGCUCCCUCCGGAUAAUGCUCUGCUCAAGCAGACUGGCUUGUAG